AUGGUCAUACCUGCCCCCAUUACCGACGCCGAGCCCGAGCCCGAUAUACGAAGCCACCAUCAUGGCAACACUUCAGACUUACACAACGAGCAGCAUGGCGCAGCUCACGACUUAAACACCACUGUCGGUGACGAUGUCUUGCGUGACCAUGACUUCGCCACGCGGAACAUGACUGGCACCCCAGUCUUGCCUCCAAUCGCGCCCACGCCGGAGCAUGUACCUUCCCCCAGGAUCGUCCUCCCUCCCCGCCAUCAGGCGCCUACGAUCAGCACUUUGAGCGACACAGACACGCCCCACGACGUUGACGACGAUCUUCCCCCGCCCACGUACAUGGAGGGCUUCAAGAACACGAUCAAGACUGUCCCCGUCAUCGUCGCGGCGCCCAUCCUCUGUCCUAUUGCCUGGGGUCUUCACUUCAGCGGACAGAGCCCUGUCGCAGUCUUCGUCGUAUCGCUCUUCGCGAUCAUUCCACUCGCAGGUGGACUAAGCUUCGCCACCGAAGAACUUGCCACCCGACUUGGCGAUGCAUGGGGUGGUCUGCUCAACGCCACGUUCGGCAAUGCAAUAGAGCUUCUCAUUGCCAUUCUCGCUCUUGUCAAGGGUGACAUCGACAUUGUCCAGGCAUCCAUGGCCGGCUCCAUUUUAAGUAACAUCUUGCUCGUCCUGGGUAUGAGUUACUUCGCUGGUGGUCUCCGUUUCCAUGAGCAGCUCUACGCUGUCGUUGGCGCGCAGACCCAUAUUUCCCUCCUCUGUAUCUCGGUCGCCGCGAUCCUCCUUCCGGAGGCCUACCACCUGUCGUACCCCACGACCACCCAGACGCAGGACAACCAGGUGACCGACCGGGCCAGCGUCAGGCUGUCGGCGGGUGAGCUCAAGGACAUACUCAGCAUGAGUCGCGGCCUCAGCUUCAUCCUCCUCUUCGUUUACGCCCUUUACCUCACCUUCCAGCUGUACACGCACGCGUAUCUGUUCAGCGUCGACCGUGAGCAGGAGAACAACGAUGACCUUCCGGAGCCCAAGCACCACAAGGUCUUCCCCAAGCCCAACUGGGUGCCAUCGCUCCACACCAUCAUGAGCCGCGACACCGUCUCGCAUCAGGACCGUAACACGCCUACGCCCCACAGUCGUAACACACCCACGCCGUCGCGCCCUUUCAUGCCCAGGACCGACACUGACGGCGACCUCGGUGCCACCACAGCGCACCCUGACGUUGAGCAGCAAAGACAGGCGAUGAGCCACUCGCUGUCUACCUACCUUGCAUCGCAGGUGAUGGAGCACGAUGAUGUCCGUCUCCGUGAGAAGGGUGGCGCGGACACGGAGACCGAGCCUUCGCCUAUCGAGAUCCCUCCCCGAAGCCCCGAGUCUAUUCGUUUCACGCUAACCACGGCCGACACCAUCGAUGACAUCGAGCGCCAGCGCCCCAAGCGCAAGGUCAUCCCUAAGCCCAAACCGAAGGUCCCGACGUACUACGCCUUUGCCAGUCUCUUGGUCUUCACCGGUCUCGCGGGUAUCACCGCCGAGUGUCUGGUCGCAUCCAUCGACGGCCUCACCGAGCACACCGGUGUGUCGCGCGAGUUUAUCGGUAUGAUCGUACUCCCCGUCGUCGGUAACGCAGUCGAGCACAUCACAGCUGUCACUGUCUCGCUUAAGGACAGACUCAACCUGUCGCUCUCGAUCGCAGUAGGUUCGAGUGUCCAAGUCUCGCUUGGUCUCUUACCGCUCCUCGUCCUCAUCGGCUGGAUGAUCGACCAACCCAUGUCUCUCCUCUUCGACACGUUCGAGACUAUCUGUCUUGUCCUCGCCGUCAUCAUCGUCAAUGCGGCCAUCGCCGACGGCCGUACCAACUUCCUCGAGGGCGCUGUGCUCAUGAUGACUUGGGUCUGUAUGGCCGUUGUCACGUGGUACUACAACCCCAUCCGUUAA